AUCAAGACAAGAGCCUCCAAGUUUAAUUAAUUUAGAGGACUCACUAGUUAUUCACCGAGAUCAUAUCGGAGCAAGGGAGGGAAUGGUGGGACUCACCCCGCUUCUCCUCCUCGCCGUCGACGUCGUGGUCCUGGCAUGCGCCACCCUGCUCACCUCCUCCGCCACUGCCAAGUUCCACCCGCACUUGCUGGAUGACCUCAUCCCCUCCUUCUCCUCCGGCAACGGCAACGGCGACCACCACCCGCCGGCCGACGGGCCCGGGGUGGCCCACGAGUUCCUUGAGGCGCACAACCGGGUGCGCGCCAAGUACGGGGUGCCGCCGCUGCGGUGGAGCAGCAAGCUGGCCCGGUACGCGCGGCGGUGGUCGUCGCUGCGCCGGUUCGACUGCGUGCCUAUGCACUCCCCCAACUCGCCCUACGGCGAGAACGUCUUCUGGGGCACCGGCACGGACUGGCGCGCCACCGACGCCGUCACCAGCUGGGCCAGCGAGGGCUCCUUCUACGACUGGCGAUCCCAGGCGUGUCACCCGGGCCAGCUCUGCGGACACUUCACGCAGCUCGUGUGGAACGACACGGAGUUCGUUGGCUGUGGCCGAGCCGAGUGCUUCGCCGGCGGCGUCUUCAUCACCUGCUCCUACGACCCGCCGGGGAACUGGAAGGACGAGGUGCCGCUCACUUAAUUAGCGAUCCACCCGGCCGUGUCGUUCAUGCAUGCUUGAGAUCGAUCGAGUAGAUCUGCGUCCGUCCGCUCGUGUACGUACAUGCAUGCAUGUUAUU